UUUUAUUUUAUUUUUAGGUUUAUUUUCGUUGAUACCAUUUCACUUGUCGGGAAGGUUUUUGUUGUUAUGUGCAGGAAUUCGGGAUCAUAUGCAUUGCUUUUUUUUACUUUUUGCAUGGGUUUUGAGAUUGCAAGCGAUUAGGGAAUUCUUGACUUGUUUAGCCUACUACUUUGGUGAUUUGUCCAACUCAAUCCACGAGGCGUGGUAUAGCAAGGCGUAUCAUGGUGAUUAAGUGGAAGACCGAGCUCUUGCUGUUCUUGACUAGUUGGGCCACUUCUUGUUCUACUUUUAGUUAAUGGUGCAAAAAAAACAAAAGAAAUAGUCUAAUGGGUCCCGAAAGUUUUUGUUUUCACAUACCACUUUUUGCAUGCAAGGGGUUUAUUCAGCAAUUGUUGUUUGAUUUCGAUGAAGACGAGUGUUCAUGAUAUCCUUUUUAGUUAUUUUAGUUUUAUUUAUUUAUUUAUUUAUUUUUUUAUUUAUUUUCCAAAGAUAAUGUCACUUGUCGGAGAAUUUUGCUGCUGGAAAUAUUCAAUAGACCCAGUGGAGCUAGGAAUUACAAGAACACAGUCAAAAUAAAAGAUGCAAUGAGUUUUAAUUUUUGAAUGGAGUUAAUAAUAAUAAUAAUAAUAAUAAUAAUAAUAAUAAUAAAAUGAAUGAAAGAAAUAAACCUGGGCGGAACGUUAUGCGUAGUAUGUGGGAACGCGCCUGUGUUCCUCUUGAACGCCCAACAUUCAUAGUUACUGGUUAUAUUUUCUUACCCCUAUUUACUUUUACUUUUCCCCUUCCUCUUUUCUUUUCACGUUCACUGGUCCCCCUCGGUUCUUACUCCCUCCGACGAUUUCUUCACAAAGUCACCGAUUUCUCAUCCUUUUUUUUUUCCUUUAAUCGACUCAAAAGGCAAAAUGGCAAGGAGAAAUCAGAAACCUCCCAAGGAAAUCACGAAUCACCCGUUCUUGCAAUUUCCUCGUUCUUUGAAUCCUGCUACACUGACAAAACAUCAAGAAAGGCUUAGUACAUUACUUGGGAAAAGAAUUGAUAUUGCACCAUAUUGUGAUUGGGAAUUUGCAGCCCAAUAUGGGAUUGAUGUCCUCAUCAGGGAUUUUUUGACAUACACUCACAUGGACGUAGGUGGCAUGCCUAUGUUUACAUGUCGGGGUUGGGACCGGUUAUUCAGGAUUCAGGAGCCCGUCUAUCGGGAGUUUUUGCUGGAGUUCUACGCUACAGUUGCUUUUGAUCCUACAAAGCCUCUCAAUGAUAGGACUGCAUUUCCUUUUCGAUUAGGUGGUGUUAGCAGGGAAUGUAGUGCGAUUGAGCUUGCCAUCAGGGUUGGGGUAUAUACUAUAGAUGAGACGAGGACUCCUCACUUUCAUAAUUUUCUCUCAUCCUGUGUUGUAGGGACACAUGAGGAGUAUAAUGAAAACGAUUUUUGGGCUCAGCUUACUGGGGAGGUGUAUGUGCCAUCUUCUGCUCGGGGUAGCAUGAUUAGAUCGACUACUUACAGAUUGUUGUACAGAUUGAUCGCGAGAUCUUUCAGCAUGAUGGACCCUCAUUACACCGGGGAGGCACCUAAACCUUCCAUUGGCUUUAGCAUUGUUUAUGGCGUGGAAAGCCAGCGCGCGUCGGGAGGAUAUUCCGAUUUGGGGGUGACAUUUCGUUACUCGGUUAGCGGCAUCUUAUUAGUUGUUGAUCAGGGAUACUACGAGGACGAUGGUUCGUUAUGACAUGAGGGUGAUGGGUGUUCAGAUGCUGGAGUCUAUGUUGGUGAUUGCACGAGGGGGUGAUGGUAUUUUUAGGAUAGUGCCUGAUGAUGAGGCAUCGGGGGAUAUUGCACCACUACUUGAGCUACGAUGAGUCUAACGGUGUAGACCUGCUCUUCGAGGAGCGCAGCAGGGACCUGAGCCAGAGAUCGAUAUACGUUUCCUUGCUCGGCGCAUAGACGAGCAUUUUGAUAUAGUAGAGAGUAGACAGCAGUGGUUUGAGGGAGUAUUGACUGGGCUUUGUGCUUCGCUGGGAUAUCAUCAUCCAAUCCCUUUUCCCCAAUCAUUCCAGCAGCGACAGGAUGGAGCCGACACAUCUAGGACACAUCAGCAUGAUGACGAGGAUGACGAGGAUGACGAGUGACUUAGUUUAUCCUUUUAUUUUAUGUUAUUUUUAGUUUAUUUUUGCGUUUCUUAGAAUUAAUAUUUUUAUUUGGUAUGUAAUUAGUUUAAUUUAGGUUGUUUAUUUUUGUAAUUUUGUUUUCCAUGUUGAUGCUUUUUGAUUGUUUUA